AUGGCGGAAAGAGACUUGUGGUAUGCCGACAAUGGCUAUUCAAUACAGGCCGAAGAUCUGAGUUUCAGACUUGAAGACUGGCCAUCCCCAGAUGCCAAAAUCAACAAAGUUUUCGCGCUUCGACUGGAAGACCUAACACAACUUGAUGACGAGUAUAGAACUGAUGCGAGAAAUCGAAAUCUCACACGAUUAGAGGCAGCCAAAACCAGACAAUAUAUACAGAGCAUUGACAUUCCUUACACUGGUUGCAACGAUACUCUUCAAUACGACGCGUUGCUUGAUUUACUAUCGUUUGAUGAUCGAACUUGGGAGUCGUUUACGAUGAAUGGAAUGAACAACACAAGUGACUUUUUUGCAAAGCCAAUUUCCUGGGAAAGUCUUUGUUUGCUAUUCGGCGUUUUGAAGAAUGUCAAAUCGCUGAAUUUGAUAAGCUACAGUUCUGCUCAUCGAGGACACGGUUUGGAAGAAAUUUUACAGACUAUCUUCUCUUUCGAUGGAUUGAAAGAGCUUAGACUGGAAGGGUGGCAAAUGGAUCGAGUUUCGACGAGCAGCCUUUUUGAACACAUUGGUAACAGUGAAUCGAAUUCCAUCAAACUGCUAUCGUUAAAAUCUUGCUGCUUUAUUGGUGACGAAACAGUUGAAAAGCUUGUCGAAGGUCUGCCACAAAUUGAGAAAUUGCAAACAUUGAAUCUUGGAUUCUGCAAUUUAAAAGAUGCCGACAUCAUUCAGUUGUCCCAACAAUUACAAUCCAUCCCAUCUGUACAGAAUCUUCACAUAGGAGGAAAUAAUUGCCUCGAACAAGAGUCUGUAAAUUCAAUAUCCGAGUGGCUCAGUGACGAAUCUUGUCAGCUGCAAGAUCUCAAUUUGAGCUCCCUUUGGAUUGGAUUUGGUGAAGAGGGCCUCUUGCAGCGAUUUGUGGAUCUGAUUCCUCUCUUUCAAGCUGUUGCUGAAAAUCGAUCACUUCAUAGUCUGGCCCUCGCUGACAAUCAUAUUGAGAACAUCGAAAUCAAAGAACUGUGUUACGCGAUGAAGAAGAGGGAUGAUCUCAUCUAUCUCGACAUUGCAGAGAACCCUUUCAAUGAAAUAGGAGCUGAAGUACUCCGAGGUUUCGUGCAGCAAGCUACCAGUAUGGAGGGUAUCAGAUUUGAGAACACGUAUAUGCAGUAUAGGUGCGCUGAGUCCAUAAAGUUCCUUGUAAAGUGGAAUUCGCUGUCAUCGCGCCUGGGAGGUUGCAAAAGCAUGCCACUGUCACUAUGGCCGCUAGCAUUUGCUCGGCUCAAAAGCGAGUUGAAUGAUCGAUAUGACCACACGGACUAUUCUUCAGAUGCGACUUUUCGACUCUUGCAUACAUUGAAUGGAGAGUUCGGUCAUCCACUGUCAUUCAGAAUAGCAACCAAGUACUGA